CAAUGUAUCUAUUACUACAGCUCCAGUUCCCAAACUAACCUGACUCAGAAGAAUAAUAAAAAUAACAAAACAAAAAAUAAUGGCUAAACUUCAACAAAACAAUAAUGACCAGUUUAACUUCUGGUCAUCAUGCCGUCGAAAAAUAAUCGAAACCAUGAAAUGCAGUGGCACAAUAUCAUGUCACAAGAAGACUGUUAAGUCUCAAGUAAUUACUGAUCAGAAUCAGCCACAAGAGAUGAUAAAAACCUCUGUAGAUGUGAAAGGGGCGACUGAAAAUCUUUUGAUGUUGUUUAGGAUAUCGUCAUUGGAAGAAGAGAAUGUGAAGUUGAAAGAGGUGGUGAAAAAGUUGCAAAGUGGUGAAAAUGAACAUGUGUUGCAAGGAGCUAAACAAGUCAGGGAGUUGGCUAAAGAGGAUUUGGAAAACAGAAAGAAAUUGGGUUUGCUUGGAGUGAUUCCACCACUUGUUGGAAUGCUUGAUUCCAAGGAUUGCCAUUCCCACAUUGCUGCUUUAUAUGCUCUUCUCAAUCUUGGAAUUGGAAAUGACAUGAACAAAAGUGCUAUUGUUGAGGCAGGGGCACUACACAAGAUGCUAGAUCUAGUGAAAUCUCCAAAAGAGGGUAUGCCUGACCCGGAUUUAUCAGCGGUAGUUGUUGCGAAUUUUCUUGGAUUAAGCGCGCUAGAUUCGAAUAAACCUAUAGUCGGGUCAUCUGGAGCGGUGGUGUUCUUGAUCAAAACCCUCAAAAGUUUUACAAAGCCCAAUAAUUCACAAGUGGUUCAAGAUUCUUUGAGGGCCCUUUACAAUCUAUCCAUAUUACCUUCCAAUAUUUUGCUUAUGGUUGAGGUUGAAAAUUUUGUGCCCUUUCUGUUUACAAUGAUUGUUGAAAUUGAAGCAAGUGAUAGAGUCCUUUCGGUUUUGAGUAAUAUUGUGUCGACCCCUGAGGGAAGAAAGGCGGUUAGUAUGGUCCAGGAUGCGUUUAAAAUCUUGGUAGAUGUUUUAAACUGGGUGGAUUCACCCGGUUGCCAAGAAAAGGCGACGUAUGUGUUGAUGAUUAUGGCUCACAAGUCGUAUGUAGAUCGACAAGCCAUGAUUGAUGCCGGGAUUAUGUCAUCAUUACUUGAAUUAACUCUUAUAGGUAGUGCUUUAUCUCAAAAAAGAUCCUCUAAGAUUCUAGAGAUCCUGAGAGCCAAUAAAGGGAAACGAGUUUCAGGGGCAGGGACAACUUUAUCAGCGCCCCUUUGUGGGUCCACUGAUACCGAAUCAGUGGACUCGUCGAAAAGGUUUCUGAAUAACAAUGCAGUAAAGCAUUUGGUAGAACAGAGUUUGCACAACAAUAUGAGAAGGAUAGUGAAGAGGGCGAAUAUUCCUAAAGAGUUUAUGUUGUUGGAGCAUUCAAAGUCAUCAGUUGCAUCAUUUUCGACUUCAAAAAGCUUACCAUUCUAAGACUAGUUUAAUGGUGCAUUGGAUAGUUUUUUUUCCUUUUAAAGAUAGCAUUGUAUGAUUAAACCUUUGUUAGGGCUUUUAUGUAGUUCCUUGACUUAAGGGACUUUUAGAAUGACCAAAUGUUUGAAAAAGCUAC